AUGGCCUUCGCAGCUGCUCGAAUGAUUUUGAAAGAUAAAAGAAGAAAACCAUCACGCGAAGAAUUUGUACCCAGGAACAGAAGCAAGGCUCGCAAUAAGCCGGCAGAUGGCAGCACCAUCGUUUCGCAGAAGCCGCGGACUCCCACUCACGGCCCGAAAACCGGCAAACCGGCCCAAAAACCGGCGGUUUCCCAGAAGGGGCAGCAGAUCAAGCAGGCGCCCGCCAAGGUUCAGGCCGCCGCCCAGGCCAACAACAAAACUGUCAAUAAGAAAAAGAAGGGGAAGCAUCACCAGCAUGACCUGUCGGUCACCAUUAAUUUGACCGAAUAUGGAUUGUCAGAGGAUCAAGUUGCUGAAUUUAAAGAAGCUUUCAUGCUAUUUGAUAAGGACGAGGACGGCCAAAUCACAAUGGCUGAAUUGGGUGUUGUUAUGAGGUCAUUAGGUCAAAGACCUACAGAAACCGAACUUCGCGACAUGUUGAACGAAGUGGACCAGGAUGGCAACGGCACCAUCGAAUUCAACGAGUUUCUUCAGAUGAUGUCGAAGAAGAUGAAGGACGCAGACGGCGAGGAAGAAUUGAAGGAAGCUUUCCGCGUUUUCGAUAAAAACAACGACGGCUUGAUCUCCUCCAUAGAACUGCGACACGUCAUGACCAGUUUGGGGGAGAGGCUCACCGAGGAGGAGGUCGACGACAUGAUCAAGGAGGCGGACUUGGACGGCGACGGCCAAGUCAACUACGAAGAGUUCGUGUCGAUUUUGACGUCCAAGAACUAG